AUGUCUUCAAAUACGCACGAGCUCCCCAGCGACGUCUUCCAGCCCAUCCCCGCCUCCCGCGUCAUAUCAUCUGAAUCCUUUGCGGAGGCUAUCAAAGACUUACCUCUCGACACCCUCUACGCAAAAGCUGCCGAGCUCCAAAACAGCAUCUCCCAUCUCCUAUCCAGCAACAUUCAAAUGAAACCUUUCGCAGACGAAGGCGAUCGAGAUUGCGUGGAAGCGAUCGAGGAGAAUGAUGUGGUGAUUAAGAGGCACGAGGAGAGGAUCGAGUUGUUGAAGGUGGAGGCUGAGAGGAGAGGGUUGGCGUGGAGUAGGCAUGGGGAUAAUACGGAGGAGGUCGUGCCGAAGACCAAUGGAGCUACACACGAGGAAGCAAGUGGAAAUGGGCGGCUUACGGAUGAGGAGUUGAGGAGGAGGUUGGAGGAGCAGAUGAGCGAUACGGUCGGGGAAGAUGACGAAGAUGGCGUGCAUCUGUGA